AUGAAAGAUCAUGAUUGGUGUUUUGUCAAGGUUAUGAGUCUGAGUAAUUUCAAGGAUGAAAUGGCCAUACCAGAUGAGUUCACCACUAAUUUCAGAGGUCACAUUUCUGAUAAAGUCAAACUAGAAGUAGCAGAUGGCAACAUUUAUAAUGUUCAGGUUGCCAAGGAACAGGAUAAGUUUAUUCUUCGGUCAGGAUGGGUGGACUUCACCGGUGCUUAUGAACUUCAACAGUAUGACUCCCUGUUCUUUAUAUAUAGUGGGGACUCCCACUUCAAAGUUCGAAUCUUAAAACCAAGUGGUUGCGAGAAAGCGUCGUCAUGUGUUACAAUGAGCUGUGGUCCUAAUGUCCAAGAAAGGGUCAUUUGUCAUGCUCUAUCACUACCUAGCAUAAAAAGAUGUAGAAAUGACAAUUGGACGGACAAUUCGAAAACUGCAAAGGUUACUCCAACGGACUCACCUUCACAGAAAUCAAGUUCAGAAAUGAACACACAAGAUGUCACAUCUUCAAAAUAUAUUCCGGAACCAAGAAGUUCAGGUGGCCUUCCAGGGUCCACUGAAUCACGGCACAUCUUAGAAAAGGGCUGUAUACUGACUAGCGCUCAGAAGACAAGAGUCGACACAUUUGUGAAGGAAAGUUGGACUGGAAUCCAAUUUUAUGUCACAGUCAUGAACGAGAAAAGUCUGUCUGAUGGAUGUCUGGUCAUCUGCAAGGAUUUUGCAGCCAAACAUCUUCCGCACCAAGACCAGACGAUCAAACUCUGUUAUCCUCAGAACAGCAAAACAUGGGAUGCCAGUUUGAAGGUUAUCACUGAUGGAGCAUGCACCCGUUCAUGCAUCCUUGCUGCUGGUUGGCUGGACUUUGUACGCGACAACAACUUGCGGGAAGGCGAUAUCUGCGCAUUCGAAGUGUCAAAGGACCAUGAUAGAGUGAUAAUAACAGUCCACCUCUUAAAGAAUGUCGUCGUAGCAGGACAUACCAAAUCAACCAGCCAGCAGCAGAAGAAAUGGACUCACACAGGCUAUGUGGUUACAAAAUACACCAAACUGACUUGCAAGCAGAAGAGAAAAAUCGAAGAGAGGAUCCAGGCUAUUAGACCUGAAACAAGAAUAUUUGUGUCCAUCAUCUAUAGCAGCCGUAAAGCUGCUGCCUUGUGA